AUGGUCGUGGAUCAACAGAAGCUUGCUAAGCUGCAAGCCGCUACGCGUGCCGGUGGAAAAGGCGCUCCGCGCCGCAAGGUUGUCAAGAAGCCUAAGGGCGCUGUUGCUGGCGGUGAAGACCCCAAGCUCCAGGCCGGGUUGAAGAAACUCGCGGUGCAGCCGCUGUCGGGCAUUGAGGAGGUGAACAUGUUCAAGGAGGACGGCAAUGUGCUCCACAUUGCUUCGCCGAAAGUGCACGGCGCUUUGGCUUCCAACACGUUGGCCGUGUACGGCAAGGCACAGAACAAGGAGCUGACCGAGCUCGUGCCCGGCAUCCUCAGCCAGCUCGGCCCCGAAUCGCUUGCUAGCCUUCGCAAGCUCGCUGAAAGCUACCAGGCUAUGAAUUCGCAGCAUAACGCUGCACAGGAUGCCGAGGGUGAAGACGUCCCUGCUGUGUCUGGCAACUUUGACGAGGUCGAGCAGGCCAACACCGAAAUCGACCAGCUCGACUAG